UCAUUUAUACACCUGGGUGCAGAGAGGUACCGUGAGAGCAAAGUGUCUUGCCCAAGAACACAACACAAGGUCCCCAGCUAAGGCUCACACUCGGACCGCUCGCUCCGGAAUUGAACGCACUAACCAUGAGGCCACCUCGCCUCCCGGAAAACCGAGCCAUUUCUAACUAAAACUAAAACGUUCGCUAGAUCGCUGGGUCCUCUCUGGACUCCACUUAAAGCUAUGUUAAUAGUGAAAGGAAAAGGCGUAUUGUACCCUUCUUACCAAUUUUCGACGUACUAGCACCUGGGCUCUGAAAUUCGUGCAAGUUUGCACGAAAAAGAAUGCAUCCUAAUCACACCCGCCGCAUGAGCAAGCGAUGUGAUUGGCCCGCGGUCUUCAGCAACAAUAAAACCACAUGUUCUACAGGACUAAAACAAAACGCUUUCUGCUUGUGCCAAAUCGAGAAAAUAAAUAAUUCAACUCCUUAAACCACAGUCAUGUAGCUAUUAUCAAUUGCAUUAAAGAAUACAAAGCAAAUGAACCUUUUGAAAGCCGGAAAGUAUGAGGGUUCGAGUGUUACUAGCGGUGUUCUGUUGCUUUCUUUCUUGUGGAAUUUCGAAAGAUUCGGAAAAGAAAGCGACAAAAUUUACCAAGCCAUGCUUUAACGAAGAUGAACUUCUAAACUAUUGCACGGAUCCUAUGGAAGCGUGUCACGAGGAACAAGGACAUGAAAUACAACUGCUGCGGCUAGAUGGAGUUGAGAAAGGUCACGUUAGAUGGGUGGAACGGGAGAAAGGAAAAAAAUAUCAGAUGAUAACUAGAGCCAUGAAGCCUCUUCUAUUUGAAAUUCCAGAUUUCCUGUCGGAUGAGGAGUGUGAGCACAUCAUCGUGAGACAUUUCGCCCAAAAACGGAAACUUUUAUUCAUGAGAGAGGAUGAAGUCCCUGGGAUGUUUAAGCGUCUGGAAUUAUCUGAAAGUCUGCAAGAUGGUAAACUAAGCCGCGAGGCUUUCUACAAGGUUAACAUUAAGAAAAUCCUGUGGUAUAUGGAUUUCCUGAAAGAAAAAAGUCCUCGACACAGGCCCCGGUACAGCCAGCAGGCUUGGUUACGACAGGACAAAAACGCUGACCCGAUUUUGAGGCGUUUGCUCGAAAGAAUUACUAAAUUAACACAGUUACCGAGAAAGCUCAUACAGGGAAGCGAGUGGAUGCAGGUUGUCCAGUAUGACCCGUAUGGGCAUUAUCACGGCCACCUGGAUUCCAACCCAUUUGAAAACCCGGUUAUCCCUUGCUGUCACCAGAAUCACUUUAAAAAGCCCGAGUGUCGAGUAUGCAGAUUCAUAACAAUAUUGUAUUACCUUAACAACGUGGAAGAAGGAGGAGAGACGGCCUUCCUGAUAGCAGAUAACUCUACAAUCACACCAGACGAAUUGGAAAGCCCCAACGCUACCACGGACGAAUUUAACUUGAGCGUCAACUGUCACUUGGCAAAUCUUGUUCUGCCUCCCAAGAAAGGCACUGCUAUCAUGUGGUACAACAACUUUAUUGACCCGGACAGCGGUCUUCUAGGAUCUGUAGAUCGCUACUCGCUUCACGGUGGAUGUGACGUCAUC